CUUUCAGAUCCUGUGAACCUGUUAAAGCAACCAUACUUGUGAUAUUUUAAGGCUAGGAUUAAUCAGUACUUGCCUUUUGACUGCUUCAGGCAAGGCAAGGGCAAGGCAAAGAAAUUGAUAGUCAAUGCCAGAAAGAUGAACAUCACAUUGAGAACCCUCCCCAGCACCUUUACCAAGAGUAAGGAAAACUCCACCAUCUUCAAUUCAAGGGAAAAACUGUUUCUGUGGCACUUGAAGAUUGUGUUCCCUCAGAGUAAUACAGAAUUCAGCCAGAAAAGGGUAUGUGACAGGCUAAGUUUAGAAGAGAUCUUGAUGCCUUAUAUACACCCGACAGAGUCAGACCCUAUAAUACGCCAGAAGUUGAAGAGGUAUGUACAUGCCCCAAUUGAGGACGUCAAUGUUUUCAUGAAGGCAGAAGAACUGAAAGCAAAUUCAGUCAGGUACCACAAAUUGGAUUUACAGAAGAGCCUAAGAGACAACCUGCGCAACAAAAUAUUGAUUGAGUAUCCUUUACUCCAUGUUGUACUGAGCGAUCAUUGGAACGACUUUCCACUGAAAGAACCAGCUGAGCCUGCGUCCGCCAACGAUAAAUAUGCAACAAAGGGUGUCGCUGUGGACCACGCAAACGAGGACCUCGCCCUAUGUUCCCCAUCUCUGCCUCGGUCUCACACCACAAGAGGAAACGUCUUCACAGCCUUGAGGUCCAGCCCCGAAUCACUGCCCCCACAAGAAAAAAGGCUUAGGAGAGAAUUAGGGGAGGAAGAACUAGAAGAAGGAGAGAUUGCAGAGAGUGAGGAUGAAGAGGAUAAGGGAGAAAAUAUUGGUAAAAAUAGCACAUUAAAUCAGACAUGUGAUGGUGCCACAAGCAAAGAUGAGCUCGUAGAUGAAGGUACCGCUAAUUGUAUUAACAAAGAUUUAUCAAGUGUUGUCAACAGUAUGACUGCCAGAGAAAGUGCAGAGGUGAGCAUGACUGAAUGACACAUACAUUGGCAGAUACUUGGAAUUGAAAAUCAGCUUUGUCCAAGCUCAACAUUGUGUUGUCCUGAUUUUUCUUUUUUUUUUU